CAAAGUGACUCAAGUAGCAGUAGUCACGUGACUUUUUUUACGCAGCGAACAAAACGCGCGAUAUUUCAUCUUUACGUCACCGACUGAGCAGCGGCAGGAACUAGUUUGCUAACUAACGGCACAACCUUUAGAUUUAACACCCCCCGUACUGUUUCUCUGAGCGUCCCGCUCUGAGUUUGAGAGUCCAGGAGAAGCAGGGCGAAGAGCGGUUCGCCGUUUGUCCGCCUCCGGCUUGUCGGGCACGUAUUCACGGAAGAAGUAGUCUCGUGCUAAUUAGCCAGAUUUGCGUCCACAAGUAGGUCACAGCUUCUUGUUUACGUCGGGCUCCUGUUCGUCUCCGUCGGCCCGCAGACGUUUUCUGCAUCGCGGACGAUGGUUCUGUUGAAAAACCUCCAUCCUCCCACCGAGGGUGUGCGGCACGAGCAAGCCGACACCGCGGCGGUGCUGGACGGGCAGAAGUUGGGCUGCGGCACGCUCUACGUCGCCGAAACGCGCCUGUCGUGGUUCGAUGGAUCGGGGAUGGGUUUCUCACUCGAGUAUCCCUCCAUCGGUCUGCACGCCAUCUCUAGGGAUGUCAGCGCCUACCCCCAGGAACACCUGUACAUCAUGGUGAACGGCAAACUCAGCGGUGAAUCACUUGUUACAGAUGAAAAUGAGGCAGAAAUGACUGAGAAAGCAGAUGACGGGGAUGAUGGCGGCAGCAGCAGCGAUGGGGAGGGUGAUGAUGAUGAGGGGCCCAUCACAGAGAUUCGAUUUGUACCUGGUGACAAGACGGCACUGGAGUCCAUGUUCUCAGCGAUGUGCGAGUGCCAGGCCUUGCACCCCGACCCGGAAGACGAGGACUCCGACAACGACUUCGAAGGAGAGGAAUAUGACGUGGAGGAGGCCGAAGCAGAGCACGGCCAUGCCGACGUGCCGACCUUCUACACGUGUGACGAGGGUCUGUCGGCGCUCACGCAGGAGGGCCAGGCUACGCUGGAGAGGCUGGAGGGGAUGUUGGCCCAGUCCGUCAGCCAGCAGUACCACAUGGCCGGAGUGAGAACCGAGGAAACCAAGGCUGACUUUGAAGACGGCAUGGAGGUGGACGCCGCAGCGAUGGAGGCUGGACAGUUUGAGGAUGCAGACAUCGAGCACUAGUGUCGAAGUCGUCUCCGGCUGAAGCGCCGACGGAUUAUUUGUCGGGACGUUUUUGUUUCCUUGUCCAACAGAUAUUCCUCCUCGUUCCGAGUCGUCUCCCGUUAAAGUUCGCGAUCAACAAACUGCCGUGGACUGGAGCAACAAACCGUUUCUUACUUCGACCUGAAG